AUGGACGAAGAAGAAGACGACUUUUACGACCCUGUCGACUCGGUGUCGACCACCCAGAUCGCGAAUGACGGCCCCGAUGCUGCCGCAGGCCAACCGCAGGAGAGCGACGAGAUGGAAGAGGAAGAGGUCGAGCUUGAAUCGGACGACGACGAUUUCAAUAUUAUCACAGAGGCACCUGCUGACGCGCCUCCUCAAGAAGCCUCCCAUCCGCGUCAUGCAAGCUUACGACAAGAGCCACAACGGCCUUCCUCAGCCGACUCAUCUGUCGUCUCGAAAUCCGGCACUCCUUCUGCGACACCCCGUCUAGAUGCCUCGACUCCUGCAACCGCGCCGGCCGCAGCGGCAGCCACGAAACCUACCGCGCCUCAGAAGCCUGGCUCUGCGUAUCCAGGAAUCCACACCUCUACAAUUGAUGUGAACGGGAACCCAGUGCACCCGACAACAGGGAAGCCAAUCAUGGCCACCGACAUGGAUGUCGACUUUCCAACAGACGACAAGCCCUGGCGCCGUCCUGGCUCCGAUAUUUCGGACUUCUUCAACUACGGUUUCGAUGAAUUCACUUGGGUCAGCUAUUGUCUGAAACAACAAGGGACGCGGAAGGAGGUUGAGGAUCAGAAGAGGCAGAUGGACGACAUGCAAUCCUUCCUAGGAAUGGGCAUGCCCCCGAUGCCCGGGGCGCCUCCGGGACCAGCUCCAGCGGCCAACCCCCCCACAGGCUAUGCCUGGCAUGCCCGGUAUGCCGGAUAUGAACCCCGACAUGAUGCAGGUAUGGACCCCAUGGCGUUUAUGCAACAUGCGCAAGCGAUGAUGGGAGGACAACCCGGUGGCGGUGGUCAACAACCGCAAUCCGGGUUUGGCGGCCAGGGACAAGGACCCGGGUUUGGACAGGGACAGGCACAGGGACAGGGGCAGGGACAGAUGGGAUACGGAGGCUACGAGCAGCGUGGGAACUAUGGAGGCGGAGGCCGCGGCCGUGGGAGGAGAUGGUAG